AAAGCACGACUGUGGCUGCAGUCCUGCCUGCGUCCUGGGCUCCUCACGAAUACUAACUAAAGGGCGCUGCCCCAGAAAGUGGCUCUGAACAGGGUAGAAUGGGGUCUCGGAAGUGUGGAGGCUGCCUCAGUGGUCUGCUGAUUCUGCUUGCACUUUGGAGUAUAAUUGUGAAUAUACUAUUGUAUUUCCCAAACGGGCAAACUUCCUAUGCAUCCAGCAGUAAGCUCACCAACUACGUGUGGUAUUUUGAAGGAAUCUGUUUCUCAGGUAUCAUGAUGCUUAUAGUCGCAGCAGCCUUUCUUGUCCUGGACAGUGACAACAACUACAAAUGUUGCCAGAGUGAAAACUGCAGCAAAAAAUACAUGACGCUGCUGUCCAUGAUCUUUUCUGCUCUUGGGAUCGCUUUCUCUGGAUACUGCCUGGCCAUGUCAGCAGUGGGCCUUGUCCAAGGCCCAUACUGCCGCACCCCCGAUGGCUGGGAAUACGCCUUUGAAGGCACUGCAGGACGUUUCCUUACAGAUCCCAGCGUCUGGAUGCGGUGCCUUGAACCUGCGCAGGCAGUGCAGUGGAACAUCAUUUUGUUUUCCAUUCUCAUCGCACUCAGUGGGCUUCAGGUGAUCGUCUGCCUCAUCAGAGUAGUCAUUCAGUUGUCCAAGAUACUGUGUGGAACCUAUUCAGUCAUUAUCCAGCCUGGAAUCAUUUGAAUACGGACAAGAAUGUUUUCCAUUAUCACGUGACGGUCACCUGUCUCAGUCUUUUAUUUAAGCUUGAGGACAAUAUUCAGAUGACUACUUGGUGCUUAUUGUAGUCAUUUGUGAAAUUUACAGCCCUCACUAAAGUGCAAAUUAUGCCACACUUUCAUUUAGAAUUUUUUUCUAAGCCAUGUGUGUCAAGACCUUUAAUAAUAUUUAUACCCUUUGAUCAAACAAGUCCAUUUCUAAUAAUCUAUACUAUGUAAAUAAACAAGAAUAAAAGAUAAAACUUUA